AUGCCGUUCAUGCCAAGCCGCAGGCGUCAGCCGCCCGAGAAGCAGUUGGGGGCGGCGGGCCAGCCUGCGGCGCCGUGCAGAUUGGGCGGGGCGCAGGGGGGCAAGCGGCAGAAGACCGGCCCGAAUGUGGAGAGCCUGGCGCGCACCAACCAGCAGAGCCCUGGCCAUCCAAUCCUGGGGUUGCUGGAGCUCAAGGAGGCCGGGCGCGAGGAGGAGCUGAAGUUGCAGCAGAGGCGAGCCGCGCGGCGAUUGGCUACCCAUGGAGAAUGCAAGCGGCUGCGGUCGGAUUUCCAGUCGGAGCAGGACGUCGUAGGCCUCAGCAUCCACCCAGCGGAGCUGGGUGCCCAGAUCGCCUGCAACUUCGACCGGCUUUUUCUCGAUGGCAAGGCCCCGUCCACAGGGGAGAAGCUCGCGGCAGCCAUCCGAUAUGUUGUGCCGGCGUACAACGCCAAGGGCACGAUGGCACUUCCGCGGACCGCCCGCGCCCCGGGGGGCUGGCGGCGCCUGGUGCCGGCCCGACUCCCGCUGCCGUGGGAGUUCGCGGCGGCCAUGGCGCUCCAUUUCCUGAGGAUCAACGGGCUCGGGGUGGCGCUGUCCUGGCCGCUGACGGCGGGCGCCUACACGCGGCCGGGAGAGUGCCUGGACCUGCAGGUGAGCCAGGUGCGAGCACAGUGGGGGCAAUCGACGAGAGUCUUUCCCUGGCUGUCAGAGCUCCUGAUGCAGUGCGCGGCCAGUCGGCCUGCUUCAGGGAAGCCGUGGGACUUCGCGCUCAAGCAGCCGCGCGCCAACUUCCUCGCGGCGGAGGGCCUGGUGGGCAUCAACUACCUCAAGCCAGUAUUGUACAUGGGCAGGCACUUCAGGCACGUGGAGACCGUGCACAAGUUCAGCUUCUCCGACGCCUGCCAGACGUGCGGCUGGAGCGAGGGGGGCCCCGACCUGAGCGAGUUCGCCAGGGCCGUCAGGGACAACCAGGGCAUCCUGUAUUGCUCGAAGGGCGCGCUGGUGACUUUGCUGCAGAUGCUAGACGGGGAAGGCCCAGCGGAAACAGGCGAGGACCUCGCUGGCAGGCCUGGCACGGCCGACGGCGUGCUCGGAAAGGACUGCGCGAGGUGCGCGGGGGCGGGCUGCGGCCUCUGCGCGGCGAGGCUGCGCGUGGAGGACCUCGUGAAGGCCGUGUUCCAAAGGCUGGACCCGCACAAGAAGGGGCGCCUGGGCAAGGAGGGCCUCGAGCGGUUCGCAGGGCUCCUCGCUGACCGCUCCAAGUCCGUCCAUGAGCGCCUCUUCAGCCAGUCGGAGAUGCUGGUCACCGCCAAGCUCACACUGUCCAACGCGGCAGAGACGAGGAUCUUGGCAGGCGCUAUCUUCACCACCGUGCCGACGCCCGUGGAAGCCGCGGUCGUGGCGAGCUUACUCGAGUCUGGCGUCGGGCACAACCAGCAGGCGCAGGACUGGGCCAAGGCGAAGAAGGAGGCACUCUCCAAAGGAGAAGGUCCGCCCGAGAACACGCAGGGUCCGCCCUACCUGGUGCUGUACGCGACCUUGGUGGAACAGCUGGUCAAGGUCGAGGAGAGCCGCCUCGCGGCCACGCAGACCCAACUCGGCGAGGCGCACGCGAAGUUGAAGAAGUACUACGACGAGGUGCUGUGCCAGGAGGGCGGCAUGCUGAAGGCGUCCCUCGACGUCCGCUACCUGCUGUGCCAGCGCGCGAAGAAGAUCGAGAGGAAGCCCGAGGUCGCGAAGAUCACGUACCUGUUCCAGCCGACGGAGAUCGAAGUCACCGUCCAGAGCCUGUUCGAGGCCGAGCUCGCGAAGGCCGGGGGGAAACCCACUUUGGGCAGCGCUCCGAGGGGGGCGCUCGAGCGAGUGGGGCAGGCGCUGCUCGAUCGGCUGAAGAAGAAGAAGAAGUGA